AUGGAAUCGUUUUUUCAACGUAUGUCGUCGAUUGUUUUGCAAAACAAGGACAAGGAAGAUGAAGAUUUGGAUGAAAAUGAAACGUUCCGACAACAGCAUUUUCGACAUUUACAAGAACGUCGACGUUCCGCACCUGAUAUUCGUCGGCGUGGCAUUGUCACCGAACGAUUAGGUAGAGUUCUUGAUCAAAAAGGAACCUCCGAAGAACAAAUUCCAACACAAUUUUCCUCAGCUCCGGUCCAUUGGCGCAGAUAUGUCAAUGCUAACGGUAAGUGA